UUCAAUUCCUAAAAAAAAAUCUCCUCUAGGUAAUACACUACUUUUCCUUACAUUUAAUUCUCAGUCAUGUUUUGUGAUCAAUGAAGCAAAAAUAGAUAAUUAAAUAAAAUAAAUAUAAUAAUAUUUUUGCUGCUAAAAAAAUAGCAUUUAGUAAGUGUGUUUAUUCCCAUUCACAGGUUAGAUAAGAUUAUACAAUCAUGUAUCUUUCCCAGUUGUGGUUUAUAACAAGGUAUUAACUCGGUAAAAACGAUCUCAUACAACAGACUUUAACACAACAAAAUAAAAAUGGCGCUUGUUGGCAAUAUGAACAAAAAAUCCGCAAGGAAUUGCAGUAAAUUCCUUUUUUGUUUGAAGAAAAUUUACAACUUGGUAAUAGACCUUUUUAUGACCUCUCUGGGUUUUCUAUUGGCUGCUGGAGAUCACGUGGGGAUUGUGAUAUCUUUCAUGGCCUUUUGCCUGAUUUCUCUGACGAUUUUUUGCUUCCAUUCUGCCUUUAGAGAGUCUCAAACCUUCUAUUUGUAACCUUUGUCUCCGAGAGGUGUACUUAAUGUUAUGAUGGUUAUAGAAUCUUUUAAUUCCAAGGUUCUAAGAACCUAGCCCAGGGUUCCCUCUGAUCUAAACCCUAUCCUGAGUCACAGGCUGUUUGGGAAAUCCAAUCUUCUCCCAUCUCAGGAAGUGGUCUAUGGAGAGGGAGUGAUAUCUGGAAAAGCUUUCUUAACAUCUUUGCAUUUUUUUUUGUACAUUUUUUCUCUGCUCUUCUGGUAACCACUAAAAUGUCAAAUGGAUUACAGCUUCAGACCAUUCCGUGCUUUUCUACAUAUGGCCAACAAGAGUUGCUGGCUAUGGAAGGAUACUUGGAAGGGUACUUGCACUAUUGUUUGUUUGGGAUUGAGGCGCAUUGGAUAGGAUACUCUCCAAAGAAAGUCAAAUACAAAACUUGAAGCAAAGUUACGGUCAUAUCUCAAAAAGUAAUUGGACAAAGAAAAUUUUCACUAAGGAAGUCAAUGCUUAUUGAUAAGGGUGCAAACUCCCAACUGAUAAGAGAAAUUAAAAUGCAGAAGACAGCUUAUUAUGAAAACUCUGGACUCUUUGGGGGUUAUACCUAUGCUAAACCAGAAUCCUACAGCUAUAGUUCAAGUCAUCAACCUUAUCCACAAUCUGCUCUAGAGAAUGAUUAUCCAAGCUCAGCUUGUUCUGUGCAACCAUCGGCUAUAAGACCCCCAGCCCACAAGACCAGUGAUAUUAGUGGCAGCUGCAUGAGGACAUCUUCAAAUCAAAAUACCAGUCAGACACCCAAUAUUAAUGAACAGCACCAAGCACCAUCAUUGCCUCCAACAUCCCCCAAUCAUGGCAAUGCCUCAACACAGAAAAAGAGUAAACCAUCUAAUUCCUCCAGCUCUACCCAAGCCACCAUGACUAAACAGAUAUUCCCAUGGAUGAAGGAAUCCAGACAAAAUUCAAAACAAAAAACUGCCAGCACUCCUCCAGGAGAUAGCUGUGAAGAGAAAAGCCCAACAGGCCCUUCUUCUAAGAGAGUCCGCACUGCCUACACCAGCGCUCAGCUAGUAGAGCUGGAGAAAGAAUUCCACUUCAAUCGCUACCUUUGCCGCCCACGCAGGGUUGAGAUGGCCAAUUUGCUGAACCUAACUGAGCGACAGAUUAAGAUUUGGUUCCAAAAUAGAAGAAUGAAGUACAAGAAGGAUCAGAAGGCUAAAGGCAUUAUGCAUUCCCCAGCUGGACAGUCUCCAGACCGAAGUCCACCACUGAGUGGAUCCGGCCAUAUAUAUUCCAGCCAACUUCCCACUGUUAAUAGUCUUAGCUACGAUGCUCCUUCGCCUACUUCGUUUGCCAAAUCCCAACAAAACAUGUAUGGGCUCGCUGCUUACACAGCACCUCUCAGCAGCUGCUUACCCCAGCAGAAAAGGUACCCUGGAGCAGAAUAUGACCAUCACACCAUGCAAAGUAACAGUGGCUUUGCCAAUCCCAAUUUGCAGGCCAGCCCUGUAUAUGUUGGGGGGAAUUUUGUUGAUUCCAUGCCAGCUUCUGGUCCAAUGUUCAAUGUUGGCCACCUCUCCCAUCCAUCUUCUGCUAGUGUGGACUACAGCUGUGCUGCCCAAAUCCCUGGCAAUCAUCAUCACGGACCUUGCGACCCUCAUCCCACUUACACAGACCUGACUUCCCACCACACAUCUCAGGGGCGGCUGCAAGAAGCGCCCAAGCUAACUCAUCUGUAAUAGCUGGAAAAAGGGGAAGAAACAUAAGUACUUCCUUUAAAUUACCUCAUUUUUUUUUUUCAAAACCAAGUUAAUAAUGUACCCUAAUCUGAGAGUGCCAACUGCAUUAAAGGAAUGUUGUAUCCUUAAGCAGAUUAAUUCAUUUUUGGGUUCAAGUAAACUCAAAUGAAUGGACAACAUUAUAAGUGUUAUAAGCAUGACAGUGCAAUAAACUGCAAUUCAAGGCACAAAAAAACUGUUAAAUGAUGUACUUGAAGGUAAGUCUACUAGAGAACUUAGUUUUAGCCAAUGUGUCAUGCAAAAAAAUGUCUUUAUUUUAAUUUUUUACCAAAUGGAUGCGAAGGGAUGUGGCUUGCAUAAAUAUUUAAGACACGUUAAUUUAUGAAUUCUUUAGUAAUGUUGAAAAUGCAUUGAACUAAGUCAGAUGUAUUUAUUAUUUUAGGGAAGCAAACUUUUUUUUUAUAUAUCUUUGAUUAUUUAUCCUUGUCUAUGUGUUUAUGUGAAUAAUUGUGAAAUAUGCUCAACAUAACUUGGAAGAAUGAAUCAGGUCCAUUGUCGCUACAUUUCCAACGCUGUAUAUUUGGUCUGAAAUAGUUGAAAUAUUAGUUCCCAACAGUUGUAACCGUGGCUGGUGAGUUGUAGUUUAUGUAAGGGUUAAAUACAACAACACAUUAUAUCCUAAUGAAUCCAAAUGUGGAAAUUCACAAUGGGCAUUUGACAUUUCGAAAAGUAAAUGUUUUAUUUGUCUGGUACCAUUUCAGAAGUAUUUAGAAUAAAACAAAAUCUCUGGAAUAUAGUAUAUCUGUUUUAAUAGUCCAAACGACUAGCAGAUCACACCUUAUUGUGUAUGGUUUCUCCCACACAAGAUACACAAGUAUUUCUAUUGACUAUCAUUACUUAUACACAUGUCUAAAGAAUAAUUCAUCAUUUGUUAAUUUAGUUCCACCAUGGACUAUCUUCCUAUUAUUAUUCAACAUGGAGAAACGCUCAUAUAUAUUUGUUUUAACAAUAUUAUUUUCGAUUCGCUUUUUUUACUGCUUGAUUUAUAGUUUGUGUGGCUGUUAUUCUAAUUGUCAUAUUAAAGUUUGUAUAAUAGUUGUACAUUUGGAAAUACAAUGCUUACCACUUUCUGAAAAAAAAGAAGAAAAAAAAGGAUAAAAAUUGACAAUCAUAAUUUAAAAUGAAAAAAAAAAAAAAAGCCCAAUUAAUUCCAGCUUUGAAUAUAAAAUAUCCUUUGAUUUCUAGAAGGGCUUAUGACGCUGAAUGAAAUUUCGUUUACAGGGUAACAACCCAUACAUUUAUGUUGGGUUAAAAAUGACAAAAAAUAGAUUUUUUUUUCUCUCUCUCUUAUUUAUGAAUAUUGGCAGGACUUUAAUGAUAAUGACUUAUUGUGUAUUUUAAAUAGAGGAGGGCAGGGUAAAUUAAGAGGCAGUAGUUAAGUUUUCAUUAUUUUCUAUUCAAAGCAAAGUUUCUUCCUACGCAAUCCUGUUAGUUAGUCUUAUAACAUAACUCCUACGCAGAACUGUGAAUAGACUUUCGAAUCCUGAUGAUUGAAACAUUCGACCCCUAAAGUUAGUAGGAGUUAAAAAAAACAUUGUCUGAGACCACUUCAACAAGAGAAUAAAAAUGAACCCGCAAAGCAGUUUGUUUGUUUUUGUUUUUGUUUUGUUUUUAAAAUUAACUGCAAACUUCAGGAAGAAAGGACAAACGUGCACUGUACAUUUGCUACAUAUAAAUUGUUCCAAUAAAAUUGAAUUUAUAUAUCUGCCUAAGAAGUAAGAUUUUGGUGUUUUUUGUUGUUGUUGUUGCUGCCACCAAUUCGUUAAAUAAAUGACUGUUGAUAGAUUAUUCUGUGAAAAUA